GGGGGCGCGCGGGGGCGGGGCGCCGCGGCCGCCAUCUUGGUGCCGAGCGGCCGCGCCCGCUGCCGCAGCCCGGCGGGCCCGGGCCGGCGCUCCCCGCCGCCCGGCAUGCGGGGGCCGGCGGCCGGCGACGAGCUCCCGGGAGACCUGGACAACGAGGACGACGUCUCGGAAGAAGAUGACGGGGUCCUGGAAGGACUGGAUGACUUUUACCCAGAAGAACAAGUCGCUGUGCAGAAAAAAAAGAAAUCCAAGAAGCUGAAAGACAGUAAGGCUUCCAAAAUCAAGAGGAGGAAGAAAGAGGGGAGCAAUGACGAAAUAUCAGACAACGAAGAGGAGAUAGAGGAGAAGUCGGAGAGUGAAGGAAGUGACUAUUCCCCCAACAAAAAGAAGAAGAAAAAACUGAAAGAAAAGAAAGAGAAAAAGCCGAAACGGAAGAAGAAGGAUGAAGAGGAGGAUGAUAAUGAGGAUGGAGGUUUAAAGGAGCCCAAGAGCUCGGCCCAGCUGAUGGAAGAAUGGGGCCUGGAUGAUGUGGAUUACAUUUUCUCAGAAGAAGACUAUCAUACUCUGACUAACUACAAGGCUUUCAGCCAGUUUCUCAGGCCUCUAAUAGCCAAGAAGAAUCCCAAGAUCCCGAUGUCCAAGAUGAUGACUGUGCUCGGCGCCAAGUGGCGAGAGUUCAGCGCCAACAACCCGUUCAAGGGCAGCUCGGCGGCGGCGGCAGCGGCGGCGGUUGCUGCAGCCGUGGAGACUGUCACUAUCGCCCCCCCGCUCGCCGCCAGCCCCCCGCAGUCCGCCUUGCCCACCGUCAUCAGGAAGGCUAAGACCAAGGAGGGCAAGGGUCCAGGCGUGCGGAAGAAAAUCAAAGGCUCCAAAGACGGGAAGAAAAAGGGCAAGGGGAAAAAGAUGGCAGGCUUGAAGUUCCGGUUUGGAGGAAUCCCCAACAAAAGGAAAAAGAGCUCUUCCAGCGAAGAGGAAGAACGGGAAGAGUCCGACUUUGACAGCGCCAGCAUCAACAGCUCCUCAGUGCGCUCCGAAUGCUCGGCGGGCCUGGGGAAGAGAGGAAAGAGGAGGAGAAAGAAAAAGAGGAUUGAAGAAGGGGAUGGCUACGAGACGGACCACCAGGACUACUGCGAGGUGUGCCAGCAGGGAGGGGAGAUCAUCCUCUGCGACACGUGUCCUCGCGCGUACCACCUCGUCUGCCUGGACCCCGAGCUGGAGAAGGCCCCCGAGGGCAAGUGGAGCUGCCCACACUGCGAGAAGGAGGGGAUCCAGUGGGAGCCGAAGGAGGAGGAGGAGGAGGAAGAGGAAGGUGCUGAAGAGGAGGAAGAUGACCACAUGGAAUUCUGCCGUGUCUGUAAGGAUGGAGGCGAGCUGCUGUGCUGCGACACGUGCCCGUCCUCCUACCACCUGCACUGCCUGAACCCCCCGCUGCCGGAAAUACCAAACGGUGAAUGGCUCUGCCCGCGCUGUACAUGCCCUCCCCUAAAGGGCAAAGUGCAACGCAUCCUGCACUGGACCUGGAAGGAGCCGCCUGCCCCGCUGCCGUCUGUGCUGCCGCUGCCGGACGCCGAGCUGGCCGUCCCGCCGCCCAAGGCGCUGGAGGGCAUCCCGGAGCGCGAGUUCUUUGUCAAGUGGGCAGGGCUCUCCUACUGGCACUGCUCCUGGGUCAAGGAGCUGCAGCUGGAGCUCUACCACACUGUGAUGUACCGCAACUACCAAAGGAAGAACGACAUGGACGAGCCGCCGGCCUUCGACUAUGGCUCUGGGGACGAGGACAGCCAGAGGGAGAAGCGGAAGAACAAAGAUCCGCAGUAUGCCAAGAUGGAGGAGCGGUUCUACCGCUACGGCAUCAAGCCCGAGUGGAUGAUGAUCCACCGCAUCCUGAACCACAGCUUUGAUAAAAAGGGAGACAUCCAUUACCUGAUCAAGUGGAAAGACCUGCCCUACGACCAGUGCACCUGGGAGAUCGAUGACAUAGACAUCCCCUACUACGAAAACCUCAAACAGCUCUACUGGAAUCACAGGGAGCUGAUGCUGGGGGAAGACACGCGCCCUCCAAAGAAGCUGAACAAGAAAGGAAAAAAGCUGAAAGAGGAGAAGCUAGAGAAGCCCCCAGAAACUCCUAUUGUUGAUCCUACGGUUAAGUUUGACAAACAGCCGUGGUACAUCGAUGCCACCGGAGGCACGCUCCAUCCUUACCAGCUGGAAGGGCUAAACUGGCUGAGAUUUUCCUGGGCCCAAGGGACUGAUACAAUCCUGGCUGAUGAGAUGGGGCUGGGGAAGACCGUGCAGACUAUCGUGUUCUUGUAUUCCCUGUACAAGGAGGGCCACUCGAAAGGGCCGUAUCUGGUCAGUGCCCCUCUCUCCACCAUCAUCAACUGGGAGCGCGAGUUUGAGAUGUGGGCGCCCGACUUCUACGUCGUCACCUACACGGGGGACAAAGAAAGUCGGUCAGUCAUCAGGGAAAACGAGUUCUCUUUUGAAGACAAUGCCAUCCGGAGCGGAAAGAAGGUCUUCCGGAUGAAGAAGGAAGCCCAGAUCAAGUUCCAUGUGCUGCUCACGUCCUAUGAGCUGAUCACUAUUGAUCAGGCAGUGCUGGGCUCGAUAGAGUGGGCCUGUCUGGUGGUGGAUGAAGCGCACAGGCUGAAGAACAACCAGUCCAAAUUCUUUAGAGUACUAAAUAGCUACAAAAUCGAUUACAAGCUGCUGCUCACGGGGACUCCACUCCAGAACAACUUGGAAGAGCUCUUCCACCUGCUCAAUUUCCUGACUCCAGAGAGGUUUAAUAACCUGGAGGGAUUCCUGGAGGAGUUUGCAGACAUCUCCAAGGAGGACCAGAUCAAAAAGCUCCAUGAUCUGCUGGGUCCCCACAUGCUGCGGCGGCUCAAGGCAGAUGUGUUCAAGAACAUGCCAGCCAAGACUGAGCUGAUCGUGAGAGUGGAGCUUAGCCAGAUGCAGAAGAAGUACUACAAAUUUAUACUGACAAGAAAUUUUGAAGCCUUGAAUUCAAAAGGUGGUGGGAACCAGGUCUCAUUGCUCAACAUCAUGAUGGAUCUGAAGAAAUGUUGUAAUCAUCCGUACCUCUUUCCUGUGGCGGCUGUGGAGGCACCGGUUCUGCCCAAUGGAUCCUAUGAUGGGAAUUCUUUAGUUAAAUCUUCUGGAAAGUUGAUGCUUCUCCAAAAGAUGCUGAAGAAGUUACGGGACGGGGGCCACAGGGUGCUGAUCUUCUCCCAGAUGACGAAGAUGUUGGACUUGUUGGAGGAUUUCCUGGAGUACGAAGGCUACAAGUAUGAGCGGAUAGACGGGGGCAUCACUGGAGGCCUGCGCCAGGAAGCCAUAGACAGGUUUAAUGCUCCUGGCGCUCAGCAGUUCUGCUUUCUCCUCUCUACCCGCGCUGGUGGUCUGGGCAUAAACCUUGCUACGGCCGACACAGUCAUUAUUUAUGAUUCUGACUGGAAUCCCCACAAUGACAUCCAGGCCUUCAGCAGAGCUCACCGCAUUGGGCAGAACAAGAAGGUGAUGAUUUACCGCUUCGUGACGCGAGCCUCUGUUGAAGAGCGCAUCACUCAGGUGGCCAAAAGGAAGAUGAUGCUCACCCAUUUGGUGGUCCGUCCAGGGCUUGGCUCCAAGUCCGGCUCCAUGACCAAGCAGGAGCUGGAUGACAUCCUCAAAUUUGGGACUGAAGAGCUCUUUAAGGAUGAUGUGGAAGGCAUGGUGUCUCAGGGCCAGCGGAUCGGCAUGCCGGAUGCGGUCACCCCUUUCUCUGACACCCUGUCAACCAAAGGCGGUGCAGUGACGCCUGGCAUGAAAAAAAAGCACGGGGGCACCCCACCAGGGGACAAUAAGGAUGUGGAUGACAGCAGCGUGAUUCACUAUGAUGAUGCUGCCAUCUCUAAGCUUCUGGACCGGAACCAGGAUGCGACUGAUGACACAGAGCUGCAGAACAUGAACGAGUAUCUGAGCUCCUUUAAAGUGGCCCAGUAUGUUGUGAGAGAAGAGGAUGGUGUGGAGGAGGUAGAACGCGAGAUCAUCAAGCAGGAGGAGAACGUAGACCCUGACUACUGGGAGAAGCUGCUGCGGCACCACUAUGAGCAGCAGCAGGAGGAUCUGGCCAGGAACUUAGGGAAAGGGAAGAGAAUUCGCAAGCAGGUCAACUACAACGAUGCCUCGCAAGAGGACCAAGAGUGGCAGGAUGAGCUCUCUGACAACCAGUCCGAGUACUCCAUUGGCUCCGAGGACGAGGAUGAAGACUUUGAAGAAAGACCAGAAGGUCAGAGUGGCAGAAGACAAUCACGGAGACAGCUGAAGAGUGACCGAGACAAGCCUCUCCCCCCUUUGCUGGCAAGAGUCGGGGGCAAUAUCGAGGUUCUUGGGUUCAACGCCCGCCAGCGCAAGGCUUUCCUGAACGCGAUCAUGCGCUGGGGCAUGCCCCCCCAGGACGCCUUCAAUUCUCACUGGCUGGUCCGGGAUCUGCGAGGGAAGAGUGAGAAGGAGUUCAGGGCUUACGUGUCUCUGUUCAUGAGACACUUGUGUGAACCUGGAGCAGAUGGCGCUGAAACCUUCGCAGAUGGCGUUCCCCGGGAAGGGCUGUCACGCCAGCACGUGCUGACCAGGAUAGGAGUUAUGUCACUAGUAAGGAAGAAGGUCCAGGAGUUUGAGCAUGUCAACGGGAAGUACAGCACCCCAGAUCUGAUUCUUGAAGGCUCAGAGAGCAAGAAGUCCAGUGAGAUCGUUUCUUCAGAUCCCAACACCCCUGUCGCAGCCAGUCCAGCGCAUAUGCACACGGGACCCCUUGCCCUCGCAGAUAAAAUAGAAACACAACUGGGCUUCCAGGAGGAAAAGGACCAAGUGGAGCAGAAGUCCAGGAAGGUGCCUGACAGCCAGGUGCCUGCAAGUGCUGAGAAGCUGGAAAGAGAAGAACAUCAAGAAGGCUCUGAAAACAAAGAGAAAGUGGCAGAAGAGAAACAAGAAGAGAGUGGACAGGCUGCGCCUUCUCCGGAGCCUCUGGUGAAAGAUGAGGCAAUUCAAGAAAAAGAGAAGCCUUUGGAAAAGUCGGAGUUGAACAGCAGCCCAGGUAAAGGGGAGGACAAAGAGGUCAAAGCAGCAGAGGAUGCCAAGGUGGAAGAGAAGGAGCAAAAUGAGACUCAACAAAAUGGUGAAAAAGAGGAAGAGGAGGAAGGAAAGAAGGAUGAGAGAAAUGCAAACUUCAGAUUCAUGUUCAACAUUGCUGAUGGCGGCUUUACAGAGUUGCACACGCUGUGGCAGAACGAGGAAAGAGCUGCCAUCUCCUCUGGCAAGAUCUAUGAUAUCUGGCACCGGAGACACGACUACUGGCUGCUGGCAGGAAUCGUCACUCACGGCUACGCCCGCUGGCAGGACAUCCAGAACGACCCACGCUACGUCAUCCUCAAUGAACCGUUCAAGUCGGAGAUACACAAGGGGAACUACCUCGAGAUGAAGAACAAGUUCCUUGCCCGGCGCUUCAAGUUGCUGGAGCAAGCCCUGGUGAUAGAGGAGCAGCUGCGAAGGGCUGCGUACCUCAACAUGACCCAAGACCCCAAUCACCCGGCCAUGGCACUGAACGCCCGUCUGGCUGAAGUGGAGUGCCUUGCCGAGAGCCACCAGCACCUCUCCAAAGAGUCCCUUGCCGGGAACAAGCCUGCGAAUGCCGUCCUGCACAAAGUGCUGAACCAGCUCGAGGAGCUGCUGAGCGACAUGAAGGCGGACGUGACGCGCCUGCCCUCCAUGCUGUCCAGGAUCCCGCCCGUGGCCGCCCGGCUGCAGAUGUCCGAGCGCAGCAUCCUCAGCCGCCUCACCACCCGCGGGGGUGACCCCGCCGGGCAGCAGGGCUCCUUUGGUUCCUCCCAGAUCUACAACAACAACUUUGGGCCAAAUUUCCGAGGUCCUGGACCAGGUGGGAUUGUCAACUACAGCCAGAUGCCUCUGGGACCGUAUGUGACCGAUAUUUAGCCGUUUCCAAGAUUUUCUUCUGCAGUUCUCAUUUCCACCUGAGCAGCCUCCAGCGGGCCCCUCUCCAGCCACCCGGGUCCCAAAGCAGCGGAGUCGCUGAAAGAUGCCGCCGCGGAGCGGAAGGGGAAGGGGAAGCACGGCGACGUUAUCUGCAUCGAAGACUAGCUGCCGCCGCCGCCGUGCCGGCGCUCCCGGCCCGUCCUGCUCGUGUUUAAAGUGUGCUUCAAACGAAACGACCCCUCACCACUGCGAGAACUUCUUUGAAGGGGAUUUCAUUUCCUUGUACAUUUUUUGCACUUUCUUAUUGAAGACUUGAAGAGUUUGUCUGGAAAAUGUGGGAUGAAUUAAGAAGGGUUAUAGAGUAUCAGUAUUUAUGUCUUGUUUUUAUUGACGUGUCAGGUUUAAAGGGAGACCUGUUGGAAGCUCUGUUUCUAGUCCAGUUACUCGCAGGUGGCCGUUAGGAGCCAAGCUUAAUUCUGUUCUGUGUAAGUUCUCUUUUCACGUCCGUUUUGUGUUUGAGCGAAUGCAUGCACGCUGCCAGCCCGCCGGCAGCGCAGGGCUGCCCGUGUCCCCGGCCAGCCCAGGGGUGCUGCCGGCCCUCCCUGUGCGGCGCGAGGAGCGCGGCUGCCCCCCCGGGACUGAGCAGCUCCCGAGGAGCCGGUGGGCGGGCGAGGGACGGAUCCACGCCGCGUUUUCCCUGCAUGUGCUGCCCUUGGCUCGGCUUUGGCUUGCUGUGAGGCGGAGGACACGCGCGGUACCUGCCCCUGGCAGAGCGAGGGCGGUAGCUCUUCUGACCUGCUUCUUGUCGAGUGCGGGAAGCCGUGGGCGUUCGCAGCGAUGCCUGCUGCAGCGCGCUCUCCUCUGCCGCUCCGCGCUCUGGCUCAGUGCCCGCCGGGAGCUGCUAAGCCCCAGCUUUGCCCUGGAUUUCCCUGCUGCUUCCAGCCUGCCCGCGGCGUGCCGCAGUGCCGGGAGCCUGCGUGGGCAGCGCCUGCGCGAUGCCGCCGCACCGCAUGGGCACGGCGGGGCGAGAGCUCCCGCGCCCUGGCUGGGGCUCAGCAGUCGGGUAGGGGCUCCCGGGACACGUUUCAGUGCCAGCGCGAGGCUGAGACACGGGAGGAGAGGUGAAAGCUGGAGCUCGGAGGGGGAUAACGGAGAAGCCUCUGCCGAGGGCCGUGCCGGCUGGGGCAGCGUGCCAGGCGCUGCAGCGCUUCCCGUCCGCGUUCUGCCUUGCGCCGCUGGCUCGGGGCGCCGGUGCGGGGACACGUCCGGGCUGCCCAGCCCGUGCGGUGACCGGGGCUGGCGUUGCCCGAGGUGCCGCGGCUCCCGUUUCCCUGCCUCCCCGUGGGGAGGAGGGGGCGAACGUCGGGGUGGCGCAGGAAAUCGGUGCGGUUUGAUUCGGGUGGUGGCACUUCCCCGUCCUGGGAAAGAGGAGCAGUUUCUCUGCUGCGUGGGGAGCUGACCGCUCCUCCAAAAGCCCGAGUCCUGGCAACGGUUGUGCCCUUGUUUGUCCCUGUGGUGCUGGGGGAAGAGCUGGUGUGCAGCGAGGUGCGCUGGAGCAGCAGGGUCACAGCUGGAGCAUCGUCGCUUCUUCACCCAGAUGUGGGCACAGUCCCAGCCCCGUAAGGGCCAGUUAGCGUGUGCUGAAGCCGGGCGGAGAGGCCCGCGACCUCCUGGGACUGUCCCUUCGGUGCCAGGGGCCACCGGUGAACGGCUCCAGGCCAGCACGUGCACCCCUUUCCGCUAGCUAAAUGCCUCGUCGCUGCCGCACCCUUCUGCAGCUGGCUUUCUAAAUUGUUUUUGUCUUAUAUCCUGAUCCGAGCUGCAUAACGGGGCCAGAGCCCCCCCGGUCCCUCGCGGUAAGGCGGAGCGGCUCCGAUGCGAGGGGCCUGCGGGGUCUUUCCGCGGGCCGCAGGCGUUUGGCAUCGGCCGAGCGUGCCGGCCGCCUCCGGCCCGGGAAGGCCGGGACCCCCAAGGGUUUGCGGGGCUGGAGCUGGCGCUCCCCGGCGUUAGGAGAGCACCAGGGGCUCGCCGUCCGCGGCCCCCACCCCGCUCCCUCCCGAGCAGCGGGCUUUCCUGCAGCAGGCUGCUCCGGUUCUGGUGAGACGACGGUGGGUUGUCUGAUGCCUCUCGCCCCUCUGCCCUCGAGCGCCCACCUUUCCCCUCAGCCCUUCUCCUGCGUCAUCGGAAAUGCAUGAAAGGAAGAGCCUGCCCGGAGGCUGCCGCCGCCGCGGUCCGGCCCCUCGCCGCGCCGGGCUCCGGUUAGGCGGGAGGCACCGGGGUGCUGCUCCGGCCCCUCCGCGGCCAGCCGGGCUUUCCGCGCGGGAGCAGGCGUUCAAGCUCGGGCGGGAGGCGGCCGAGGGCAGGAGACGCGCCGGGGGGACGGAAGCGACUUUGCCGUCGUGCCGCCGUGGUUUUUUUGUGAUGCUGCACCGCGAUGACCUUUUGUAGGAAGGUUUAUGGCACCUGUAACCGACACAAUCACAUUUACUUUGUACUCUGUGUGUUUUGGUUUAUGUUUUCUGUGUUUUAAUAAAUCCUUUAAAAAGGA